AUGACAAUUAUCGAUUCUUUUUCUGCAAUCGUUACAAUUAAAAAUAAUAAAACAUUCCAAAAUUUAAACAAUUUUAAUAGUUCAUUAGUAUAUGAAAAAUCAAUGAUAACGAGAUGGGAUCCAAGAAAAACUGUAAUUAAAAAAGGAUUUUAUGUUGGCCCUGCAUAUAUUUAA